AUGGCGGCCGGCGGGGCGGCGCGGACCGCGCUGCUGCUGCUGCUGGGGACAGCGGCGGCGCCAGGCCCGGCCCGGGGCUCGCAGGGGGACCGGGAGCCGCUGUACCGCGAGUGCCUGGGCCGCUGCGAGCGGCAGAACUGCUCGGGGGCGGCGCUGCGGCACUUCCGCGCCCGCCAACCCCUCUACAUGGGCCUGACAGGCUGGACCUGCCGCGAUGACUGCAAGUACGAGUGCAUGUGGCUGACGGUGCGGCUCUACGUCCAGGGUGGCCACAGGGUGCCCCAGUUCCACGGCAAGUGGCCCUUCUCGCGGUUCCUGUUCUUCCAGGAGCCGGCCUCCGCCUUUGCCUCCUUCCUCAACGGCCUGGCCAGCUUUGUCAUGCUGCUGCGCUACAAAGCCGCCGUCCCCCCGGCCUCCCCCAUGUACCCCACCUGCGUCGCCUUCGCCUGGGUCUCCUUAAACGCCUGGUUCUGGUCCACCGUUUUCCACACGAGGGACACGGCUGUGACGGAGAAACUGGACUAUUUCUGCGCUUCGGCCGUCAUCCUGCACUCUGUGUACCUGUGCUGCGUCAGGACGCUGGGGCUGCAGCGGCCAGCCUUAAUCAGCAUCUUCAGGGCCUUCCUCCUCCUCUUCCUCGCCUGCCACAUCUCCUACCUGACCCUCGUCCGCUUCGACUACGGCUACAACAUGGCCGCGAACGCGGCGAUCGGGCUCCUCAACCUGGCGUGGUGGUUGCGGUGGUGCCUGCGGAACCGCCCGCGCCUGCCCCACGUCUGGAAGUGCGCGGCCGUGGUGCUGCUGCUGCAGGCGCUGGCGCUGCUGGAGCUCCUCGACUUCCCCCCCCUCUUCUGGGUGCUGGACGCCCACGCGCUCUGGCACAUCGGCACCAUCCCCCUCAACGUCCUCUUCUACAGUUUCCUGGUGGAUGACAGCCUCUACCUCCUGAAGGCCAACUCUGACCUCUUCAAAGCGGACUAGAGCUGCCGGGGGGGGAGCACGGCCCUUCACGCCCCCCCGGGGUCCUGCCCUGCCCUGUGCCAAGUGAACCCCCGGCCCCCCCCGGCCACGGGCUCCUUUCCCCAGUUGCCUUCUGAGGUUUGCUUUUCUCUCCACGCCCCCCCGUGCCCCCCACCUCCCCUCCCCAGGGUCCGGGGGGGGUGUGCGUCCCCGCUGCCGGUUGCACAGGGGCCGAGGGCAGCCGAACCCCCCCCCCGGUGUCCCCCCCCCCGGCUGCCGGUGCUGAGCCAGGAGCCCUCCCUGCCGUGGAGCCCGGCAGCCGCGAGGUGGCAAUGGCUGCUGGGGCCUGUGGUGCCGGGGGGGGGGACGUGGGCGGCCGGGGGGGGCCUGCGUGCACACGGUGGGGGGGCCUUGCUCGGACCUGCUGGCUGCUGGCUGGCUUUUGCAGGGGGGGGCAUGUAAUGUGUGGGGCUGGAGCGGUGCCUUGGGGCUGGGGGUGCCCCCCCUCUGCCAGAGGGGCUGUGCCCCCCCGGGCGUGCGGCCCCCCCUUGCCUGAGUGUGUUGUGGGAUGUGAAUAAAGCUGAGUUCAACCUG